AUCCAAAGAACAUCCCCAUUUCCUACCGAAAAUGUCUUCCUUCUCCAUCUAUCUGCUAACAUUUGCUCUCCUUCUCCAAACCAUUUAUGGAGCCAACCCUCUCAACCAUAUCUGUUCAAACCCUGAGAACUUCACCACCAAUGACCCUUAUGAUUCAAACCUAAGAAAGCUCAUGGGUAAUCUUUACUACCAGACCCCUCCCCAGGGCUUUGCUCUUGGUUCAGUGGGUCGGGAUCCCUACAAAACUUACGGGCUUGCUCUUUGUCGUGGUGACGUUGAAGCCACAGACUGUAGGACUUGCGUUAACGAGGCCAGCAGCGAAAUUCACAAACGCUGCCCAUAUAAUAAAGGUGCGAUUAUAUGGUACGAUCAUUGUCUUUUGAAGUACCUCAACACUGAUUUCCUUCGCCAGAUUGAUAAUCAGAACAAGUUCUACAUGUGGAACGUGCGAAAUGUCAGCGAGCCCACAACAUUUAACCAAAAGACAAGGGAGUUGUUGAGCCUACUGGCCAAAGAAGCAUCUGAGACUCCAAAACUGUAUUCAUUUGGAGAGGUAGAGCUCGAAGAAUCAAAGAAGAUCUAUGGCCUGGCCCAAUGCACAAGGGACCUUUCUAGCAGUGACUGCCUCAAGUGUCUCGAUGGUAUAAUUGGUGAACUUCCUCGUUGCUGUGAUGGGAAAGAAGGAGGAAGAGUUGUCGGUGGGAGUUGCAACAUAGGAUAUGAGAUUUACCCCUUCAAGAAUACAUAAGAUAAUAUAAGUCUUCUAAAGUUUUUUUUUUUUUUUUUUUUCUGAUGAAUAAGUGUUCAAAGACCAUCGUCUAUACAUUAUAAACAAAAAUAAAGUCUUUGUAAGAACAAGUUUAUGAAUCUCCCUUUUGGAGGGAUGCAGUAUCACCUCCUUUGUCUAUGUUGCAUGUUUGAGGUUUCGAUCAUCAGCAUGUUGUUGAAUAAAAAUUCCUUUUGUUUCUUAA